GAUCAUCUAAACUAUGCCGGGGAAAUGCCAAGGGAUUUGAUCAGCGGGCUUUAUAGGUAAACAGACGCCUACUCGAGAUGAUAUUGUCCCCAGUUUACCGUCUGAGUCUUGGCCUGCGAGACAAUUUCUAAAUCAGCUAUGCAUCGGUCAUUUUCGGUACAUUGGAAAGAUUUCCGAUUUGGGGUCGAAAUUUACUACUACUUAACAAGCAAAUCUAGCAAUUGGGCUUAUAGUUGAUGAUGUAUAAAUUGGUGCUUCAACCUGCACAAGUUGACUCGUCCUCAAAGACAAAGUUUCUCCUUUCUACGUCUGAAACUAAGAGCAUCAAUCAAAAUGAGAACUGGCGCACUAACUAGUCUGACCGUGGCAGCCCUGGCAGCCCCGGCACUGUCAUACAACAUUCCUGACAACGUGCAAGCCUUUUACGACAAGGUCAAGAACGGCGGUUCUUGCUCUGGUUCUGACCUCCUCCAAGGAGGCUUUUAUGCCGAAGAAGGCGGGUCCACUGAUUUCGGCUACUGCCAGAAAUACUUUACAAACAAGGGCUUCUAUCUCAAGGGAUCCGGCUCGCAGCUUGCCGAUAUGGACAUCGACUGCGACGGUGAUCAAGAUGGACUCGACUCACGCUGCGAUUCUUCUGGUGAUACCCAGCCUGAUACAGCAUUCAAAGACCAGGUUAAUUCUGACUACGGCAUUUCUGACCUGCGUGCUGAUAUCCAUCCUUAUGUCGUCUUGGGCAAUUACGGCGAUUACAGUCCCACUUUUCACCCUGAAGAUGUCGGAAUUAAACCUUUGAGUCUUGUUGCCGUGUUAUGCAAUAACAAGUUGAUCUAUGGGAUCUGGGGAGAUACAAAUGGCGACGAUGGCCCUCCGUUGAUUGGCGAGGCCUCUCUGGCCGUUGGCACUGCUUGUUUCGGAGAUAGUGUCAACGGUGACAGUGGCCACGAGGAUACAGAUGUUUUGUAUAUCGCUUUCGAGGGUGAUGAUGCCGUGCCAGGAACAUCGGCGGACUGGUCGGCCUCAUCUUAUGAGGAUUUCGCAGCGAGUAUUAAGGACCUUGGUGACAAGCUAGUUGCUACCCUAUGAAGUCGCUACUUGUCUUUUGAAACUAUCAUGGACCCAUCUUUUCAGAAGAUGGGGGUGGUAUGUAUAUAAAUGCUGCCUAUAGAACCGUUCAUGAAGGUCUCGAAAAAACACAUUCUUCUGAGGUACAUUGGAAUUGUCAAUUGAAGAGUCGCACCUGGUGUUGUAUUAUUCUAUGAAAUGUGUCUCAGUGUCAAUCAAAUGCCGAUAUCCCAAAUUUGAGCUAACAUUAAAACAUCACCUUUGUAGUAUCAGUACAUAAUGCCAAAAUAAUUGUGGUGGGAUAUGAAAUUAUUUCAACGAUGUAGGUCGACCUCUUUGUGUUUUUUCCUACGGGCGAC